UAUUACGAUUUACAAUUACGACGGCUAUCCGCUAUAUUAUCUACAUUGUGUGUGACUAAUUGAGUAUAGAAAUUCUGAAAGUGAAAAAUAAACCUAAACAAAAAGGUCUAAUUAAGUUUGUAAAGUCUUUGAUAAAAUACAUUCUACAAAAUGACAUCUGGACCUUACAAUUACUCGUACAUUUUUAAAUAUAUAAUUAUUGGUGAUAUGGGGGUGGGAAAGUCAUGUCUUUUACAUCAAUUUACAGAGAAAAAAUUUAUGGCUGAUUGUCCUCACACAAUUGGUGUAGAAUUUGGAACUCGAAUAAUUGAAGUUGCUGGUCAAAAAAUAAAGCUACAGAUUUGGGAUACUGCUGGACAGGAAAGAUUCAGAGCAGUAACACGUUCUUAUUACAGAGGAGCAGCUGGUGCUUUGAUGGUAUAUGAUAUAACAAGAAGAUCAACCUACAAUCAUCUAAGUAGCUGGCUUACAGAUACUCGCAACUUGACAAAUCCUAGCACAGUGAUAUUUCUUAUUGGAAAUAAGUCUGAUUUAGAUGGUCAAAGAGAUGUUACAUACGAAGAAGCCAAACAGUUUGCCGAUGAAAAUGGAUUAAUGUUUGUCGAAGCUAGUGCUAAAACGGGUCAGAACGUCGAGGAAGCAUUCCUCGAAACGGCGAAGAAAAUAUAUCAAAGUAUCCAAGACGGGCGACUGGACCUGAACGCGGCGGAGUCUGGCGUGCAGCACAAGCCGGCGUCGCCCGGGCGCCCGCUGGCCGCGCCGCCCGCCGCGCGCGACCACUGCGCCUGCUAACUCGCCCGCACGCCCUCGAAUAGUGAAUAAACGCUGUAAUUAUCCUCGAUGAAAUUAUUUUUGACAAAUGCGGUAGCGAUAGACGCCUGUGUCGCGACUAUUUUCGUGCCGGUAGGCGUGGCUAGGGAAGCGACGUCUGUUGCCGAGAUCCGUUCUAACAAGCAUUUCAAAUUACACAAUUGCUAUAAAAGUAGUAAAAUUAUCUGACAUUUCACUGCUGUGUGAUGGCCUCUCCUGUUUUAGUAGAAUGAUUAAAUGUUAAUUUCCUCUGGGUGAUAAAUAAAAUCAUAAACUUAAACUUUAAUUGAGAUAGAUCACCGCAUUCCCUCCAUAAGGACAUCCUGAAUGCUGGCCUUUAAUAAAAAGCAGUCAAACAUAUAGGCAGCUUUUAUAAUAAAAUAAUAGUUGAUGUUAAAACAGACUUGAAGUAAAUAUCCUAGCUUCGCCUAUGUUUGUGCCGAUUGUAUAUAUAAAUAUAUAUAUAUAUAUAUAUAUAUCUGUAUGCAAAUUUCUUAUUUAUACUUUAUUUAUAAUUAUGAAAUUAGUAAUAUUUAUAGUAUGAAAAAUAUUGUUUGAAAAGAGCACCAAAAUCUCAUUUACAUUCCACACAAUUGGGUUCAUGGAAUUUAUAAUUAUACAUAUAGGAUAAGUGACAUGUUAGGAUUGUAGUGAAUUUCGUUAAAGAUUGCACUUAUAAGGAUCAUAUUGGUUGGAAUGAGUUAAAAUAAACAAUGCAGAUAGUCAAUGUAUAACAGUGUAAUAAAUAUAAAGUUAAUAAAUAAAAACAUUUUAGCAGUUACGGAUUGAUUAUUUUAACUAAAACUUUUAAUUACUUAUAUAAAAAAAUAAUAAUUAAAUGAUGUAUUAAUAAAUAUUUAAUCUUGUUCCGAUUUUAUCAUUUAGGCUCUUUAAGAUUCAAUUGGUUAAAUUAUAUUUUUCCGAAAAAAUUAUUAAAUUAAUGUUAUUUCUCUAUUAUUAUUUUUUGUAAGCAGUAUGUUAUUAAAGAUCACUUGACACCUAGAUAUUAUUGGUAGAGUUUUAGAAUUACAAAUAAAGUUUACUAUAAGCCGAAUAUACAGAAUAAUUAUAUUUUUAAAUUGAUUUGAGUUACUCACUUCAUAUAAUUAAAUAAAAUUAGUAAAAAUUUACAAUAUGCCAUGACAUUGAAAUAACUAUUACAUCUCCUGACUUAUUAAAAAAAAAUAUAUAUAUAUCUAAAACUAGCUAAUAUGUGAACCGAAUAAGCUUUUAAAAUGUUCAUAUAGUCAUUAUUAUAUUUAUAAUCAUUCACGAAGGCGCAUCCCUCGACAUUUAAUGAAAUAAUUUGAAAAUUAACUUGAAAGUAAUGAAAAACAUAAAGUAAUAUUAAGUUUCAACUUGUAUUGAUUAUAAUUGCAUAAACUGUACUCUACCAAAAUAUCUAGGUCUUCACUGAUUUGUUUAUUUAAAAAUAAAAUCAUGGACACCCUUAAUUAACCUUUGAUUUUUGAGCAGAGAAAUCUAAGGCUAGAUUGUAAAGUCAAGGUUAAUAACAGGUUGAAUUGGGUACACAGUUUUUGUCACUAAUAUUAAAGGCUGUUUCUUAAUUAAUUCACCGCCAAGCAAAGGUUAAUCCAAAUGCCUAAAACUUUUUGGCACUGAUUUUGAUAAUCUUCAUAUAUGUUGCUUACUAGAACACUUUAAAUUAUUCCCGAAAUAGUGAUUUGUUGUUUUCAGUUCUAAAACGGGUUUCCUUUUAGUGGGGGCGAAAACGACUCCAAUUGCAAAUAAGACUUGAUGAAAUAUUGUAUUAUUGAUGCAAACAACAACUUUUUUAACAAUAUUUUAGCAGUUACUUAUUGCGUGUCCUAUUCUAAAUGAAAAAUUAUCAUAUCGAAGGAUAUGCUUUAAUAUUUUGUUAAUUGUUUGAAUAAGCGUAUCAAAUUAUGUCACUCUAUAGAUUGUGAUGUAAAUCUGAGAAUACUAUUGUUAGUAAAUUAAUGUUGUCUACUGAAGUUUCCAUUGCUUUUGUAUCUUAAGUAAUUGAAUAAAUGUUAAAUAUGUUAUUUUUAAUCAAAUGAAUUAUAAUUUAUUGCAAUUUUAAUUUUAUUUUAUUACAUCAUAUUAUAGACU